UUCCGCUUCCGAGAGGUGGAGGGGACGUCAGUUCCGGGAGCUCCGCGUGGACGGACGUGUUCUCCUCCAGCAUGGCCGGGUUAGCGGGCUCCGCGAAGGCGACGCUGGCCUUGAACCCGCAGGAAGACUCGCAGUUUGAGAAGGGUCUGACGCACAUCCAGCAGCGCGCGAAGAAGCAAAAGAAGAAAGAAAAAUCUACCACUGGAGUAGUUUAUCUGGGCCACCUGCCUUCAACACUUUCUGAAAGCCAUAUCUAUGACUACUGUGCCCAGUUUGGCGAUAUUAAGAGAUUCAGAUUGUCUAGAAGUAAGCGGACUGGAAACAGCAAAGGCUAUGCCUUUGUGGAGUUUGAGUCUGAGGAUGUUGCCAAGAUAGUUGCAGAAACAAUGGAUAACUACCUUUUUGGUGAAAGACUUCUAUCGUGUAAAUUUAUGCCACGAGAAAAAGUCCGUAAAGACCUUUUUAUUAGCCAGUGGAAUGUUCCGUUUCAUCCACCAUCAUUUCCAGCAGUGAAACGCUAUAAUCAGAAACGAGGACAUUUGCAGAUGUUGAAAAUGGAAUAUCGGUUUAAGAAGAAGGAAAAAUUACUCCGGAAGAAACUAGCUGUAAAGGGGAUUGAUUAUAGCUUUCCUUCACUGGUCCUGCCUAAGCCAAAGAAAGAGGUUUCAAACAUUACUGUCACUCGUGGGGAUUCUGAGCUUAACCAGGAUUCACCUGCCGAGACAGAAAGGCUUUCAGAUGUGCCUAGGAGAAAGGAGAAGAUGGUGAAAGGGGGGCUUUCCAAAAACAUUCCUAAGAAGCGGAAGAGGUCGAGGAGGAAGAAGUCGUCGGUGGACAGCCAGGAUCCCACACCAGUUUGUACGCCGACGUUUUUGGAGAGGCGAAAAUCGCAAGUGAUGGAAGUCAGUAAUGACAAAGAUAAUGAAAUCAUUUUCAAGCUGCCUGUGCCCCCAAUGAAAGAAGAUGCGCAAAAGACUCCAACACCUGCAAGCCCUGGGAAAAGAAGACCGAGAAAAAGGAAAAGCAAACAGUGACCCUGACAGCGUUCAGUGUGCAUAGGCAGGUGUGAUCUGGUUAUAAAGGCCUAGUGUAUUUUAAUAGGUCAGUGACGAGCAAGCAGAUAAGACUGUGUAAGAAUACACGUAUGUUUUCCCAGCGAGGAAGCCACCAGGAACCUGGCUGCUUUGCCCUUUCCUGUCCUGAAUUUGUCUUCAGGCUUCAUCGCUCCCUUAGCUCUCUCCUUACGAAACUCAGGCUUAACUACCACCAAGAGUCUUUGUGGCCGAUCGGUGCUGUUUGGACUGUGUGUAGUUUUGUAUAUAAACCAAAAAAAAAGAAAAAAAAGUCAGUCUUCAACCUCAGGCAUCUGAAACUGGAAGUUCAUUCCAGAAAGUGAGAGGGCAGUCCAAGUGUGAAUAGAGUUAUUUGCACAUGUGUCCAGGAGCUGAGGAAGAAUCCGAAAUGACCCACAGUUACUUGCAGCUAAGCUGGUGUGUAGGUUUCACAAGUCAGUUUCAGCAGUUGUGUUCAAGAUUUCUGCAGUUUAUUUGUGUACAAGAGAACCUAAGAACUUUGGGGGGAAAUAAAAGCUGUCUCCACCUCCUGCUGUAA